AUGCGCCUGGCAGCGCUGGUUUCCGUCGUAUUGUGCAUCGUCGCCCUCGUUUUAUCGUUCCUGUGCCUCUUCGCCGGCUCCAGCAAGGGCUUCAUGGAGGAUUACGCUGUUGUCACUCUCAAUACCUCCCGCAUCGGCGAGAAUGUAGUCAAUCAGGUCGCCAACGAUUUGUGCUCACACUCGCACUCCCGUCGUGACGCCUUCCAACCCAGCAAGCUCGAAGCCCUUCCCCAACCGCUUGCCCUCGCAGCCCGAAGCGCAAUCACGCCUGCCCCGGCAAAUCCUCUAGCUAUGCAGAAUCUCCGCCGCGGCAUCUUCAGCUCCGUCGAAAGCGAAAUCCACAGCAAAGAAAGCGAAGUGCACAGCAAAAUCACCUCCGCCGCUUCCCGUGUAGAGAGUGCGAUUGCAUCUGUCGAGAGCGAGGCCGCACAUCUCUGCGACGAGAUUGUGGACGAUAUUGGGGAUAAGUUGGAGGAUGUGUUGCAGCGCAUCGGCCUGCAUGAUUGGUACAGUGCGCACGUCAUGGACUUUUGCGAAGGAUCAUACAUCCCCGGCCCCGUCCCAAACGCCACCCUCAAAGCGAGCAGAAUCCACAAAAACGUCACGUCCUGCUCCAACCGCACAGCACUCUACCACUUCGACCCCAAAGCGACAAUCGCAGAGCAAAUCAGAAACGCAACCGACGGCGAAAUCGACCUGACAAACCUGCACUGGCCUUCGGACAUCACGCGCGGCCUCAACGCCCUGCGCGACGCCCAGAAAGCCGUCUUCGUGCUGUACUGCCUCGCCAUAGCCUUCAUCGCGCUCGCACUGCUGCUCGCCGUGUUCGCCGUCUUCUCCACCGGCCGCUUGACUGCUCUUCUCAACGUGGUGGUCGAGGGUCUCGCUUUCCUGUGCAGCGUGCUCGCCAGCGCGAUUGUGACUGUCAUUGCGGUCAAGGCGACGAAUCUGAUCAACAAGUACGGCAAGGAUGUGGGCGUGAGCGCUAAUCGGGGGAACAAGUUCCUUGUGCUCACGUGGGUGGCGACGGGGUUGGUGUUUAUUUCGCAGAUUUAUUGGAUCUAUGAGUUCUUUGCUGGGAGAGGGAGGCGGGAGCGUGCUGUGCGGCAGGCGAAGCAGGGUUGA